CCAAAAGAACCUGAAGUGGACCCUACAGUAACAAACCGGCCUCGAAAUUUUAGAAAAAUUUCCACUGCCACAGUGCCACCGGUCACACUGGUACCCCACUGUUCCGACGCGCGUUACAAAACCCCCACCCCUUCACUCGGUGCAUUUUACCACCAAAACCCCUCUCUCUCUCUCUAUCUCUCUCCUACACCUGUAACUCCAUUAUUCAGACAAACAAACACGCUCUCUCUCUCUCUCUCUCUAGAAUAUAUAUAUUUAUAUAGAGAGAGAGAGAAGAGAAGAAUCACAUUUGGGUUAUGGACGGUUCGUUUCUGUCUCCACCAGCAAAGCGUUCAAUCCAUCGACUCACCGAAAUGCUCGACCCAAACUCUCCCUUCAACGGCGGCGCGUCUUUCAAGCGCUCCAAGUCUCUCCCUCCCCUCACCGUUCCCUCCGGCCACUUCCUCUUCCGCCUCCUCUGCCACUCCUCCCGAAUCGGCGGCGUAAUCGGCAAGUCCGGCUCAAUCAUCAAGCAACUCCAGGUCGACACCGGUGCCAAGAUUCGAGUCGAGGAGUCGCCUCCUGGUGCCGACGAGCGAGUCAUCGUCGUCGUUGCUCCCAUCUCUGUUACCAAGAAAAUCUCAUUGAAGGCAGAGAGUGGAGGAGUCGAGGAUGAGGUGUGUGAGGUGUCGGCGGCGCAGGAAGCGGUGGUUAGGGUUUUUGAGAGGAUUUUGGAUGUUGCGGCGGAGACUGGCGGCGUUUCGGUGGCGCCUGCUGGUGGUGGUGUGGUGUCGUGUAGAUUGGUGGUGGAGGGUAGUCAGGUUGGGUCAGUGAUUGGAAAAGGAGGGAAGGUGAUUGAGAAGAUUAGGAAGGACACUGGUUGUAAAAUUAGGGUUUUGAACUCAGAAAAGUUAGCACCGUUCGCGUUUCCCAAGGACGAAAUUGUAGAGAUUGAGGGCAAUAUUUUUGCUGUUAAGAGAGCUCUUGUUGGUGUCUCCCGUCGCCUUCAAGAUUGCCCACCUGUUGACAGAGCAAAAAUGAGUGGGAGCCAAUCUUUUGAGGCAAUGCCCCUGGAGACCUUACCAGACCUGCGUAUGGAUCUUCCUCCUAAGCGAAGUUCAAUGCUACCGUCUAUGUCAGGCAGCUCUGUUCCUUUUCCGUCAGGAGGUCGCUCUUUGUCAAUAGAUCAUGAGAGGGUUCCCACCCUAGACUCAAGGAUGCAACAGCAUGAAGUGGUAUUUAGGCUUCUCUGCUCCAAUGAUAGGGUAGGUGGCGUAAUUGGCAAGGGAGGAACAAUCGUCAAGGCUCUUCAGAAUGAAUCAGGUGCUUCUAUAAAUGUUGGAGCUUCCGUGGCUGAGUGUGAUGAACGAUUAAUUACUAUUUCUGCAAUGGAGAUCCCAGAAUCACGAUACUCCCCAGCACAAAAUGCAGUACUUCUUGUUUUCAAUAGGUCUAUAGAGGCUGGCAUUGAAAAGGGACUAGAUUCAGGCUCAAGUAAGGAACCUGUUUCUGCACGGCUGGUAGUUCCGUCAAAUGAAGUUGGUUGUUUGUUGGGAAAAGGAGGCGCAAUUAUUUCAGAGAUGAGGAAGGCAACUAGUGCUGGCAUAUGGAUUAUUGGAUGCGACCAAGUCCCAAAAUGUGCUUCAGAAAAUGAUGAAGUGGUACAGAUUACUGGCGAGUUGGGUAGUGUACAAGAUGCUUUAUAUAAUGUGACUGGUAGAUUGCGAGAUAAUAACCUCUUUACCGGUAGAAUAUCAAAUGGAGCUGGAACUAGGAGCAGUUCUUCUGUAAUAACUGAGAUGAAUCCCUAUGAAAGAGCAGGAGAUCCUUCCUCUUUUGGUUUGCAUACAUCUGUAGGUGUUUCUCAUAGGCAUACUACUUUAACACAGAGUAUGGAUCAUCUUGGACUUUCCCAUAAUUAUGAUCAUCCCCCAUCGCCAAAUUUAUGGGCAUCACAGCAGGCUGUAGGUGGGGUGAACCCGAGGAGCAUGGACGUUGGUAGAGGACUGACUUCUGUUCAAGGUGGCGUAGAAUUUGGCAGUGGAAGAAGAUCUGUUAUGGUGACAAACACAACGGUGGAAAUUGUAGUUCCUGAAAAUGUUAUUGGCUCCAUUUAUGGGGAGAAUGGUAGUAAUCUGGCUCGUCUUAGACAGAUAUCAGGGGCAAAGGUCAUAGUGCAUGAACCUCAUCCUGGAGCCACUGACAGGAAAGUCGUUAUAUCUGGGACCCCUGAUGAAACCCAGGCAGCUCAGAGCCUCCUCCAAGCAUUCAUUCUUUCCGGAGCAUCAUGACUAGAUCCCCUCCCCCCAUCCCAUCUGUAAUGUGAACAAAACUGCUAGAAUAAUUACCCUUCCUAAUAGGUUUUUUUUUUUUUUUCUGGAAAUCUCAACUCUGUACACUAAAAUUGGGUGUUUUAUACCAGUCUGAUCAAUGACCAAAUGUUUUCUUUAUACA